AUGAGCAAACACAGGCUACAAUCUGCUCUCUCCCGAUCAAUACUGCGCUCUUUCAGGCCCAAUACUUACUUCCCUCAAACCCCACCUCCAGAUUCUCUCACAUCCUCAUUUACCCGCCAAGAAGUCUCUCUCUUUUCCAGACUCAGCAGCACCUCAUCGCCCGACAAUCUUGACGGAUUGAUCAACCCGGAGCUCGAUUUUCCGGGAAACGAGUCGAAUUUACUGGACAAUUCGCGGGUCGAGUCCUUUUCAGCCGAAGAAUUUGCCAUUUUGAGAGACUCGUUGUCGAACUCUGGUGUUGAUUGUGGCUCUUCUGAGAGAAGUUUUGAAUUGGGUAAGAGCUCAAAUGAUGCAUUUUUGAUAUUCGAUAUCAUAAGGAGCAACCGUGAUGGCUUUGGGGACAAAACCAAUAAAAUUCUUAGGCAAUUUAGAGACAAAUUGAAUGAAAAUUUGGUGAUUGACGUGUUAAAACUUGUACAGAACGCUGAACUAGGCGUAAAGUUUUUCAUAUGGGCAGGUCGGCAAAUUGGGUACAGUCACACUCUACCGGUUUAUAAUGCUUUGUUAGAUUUAUUGGGUUGUGAUAAAAAUGGGAAAAUGUUGGAAUAUAUUUUGAGAGAAAUUAAGGAUGACGAUAAAGAGGUACUUGGGAAAUUGCUUAAUCUGUUGAUAAGGAAGUAUUGCCAUUGUGGGUUGUGGAAUGUUGCAUUGGAGGAGCUGGGUAGGCUCAAAGAUUUUGGAUAUAAACCCUCGAAAGUAACUUAUAAUGCUCUGGUUCAGGUUUUUUUAGAGGCAGACAAGUUAGAUACAGCUUACUUGGUUCAUAAGGAGAUGUCAGAUUUGGGUUUUAAAAUGGAUGGGUAUACUCUGGGUUGUUUUACACAUUCUCUCUGCAAAGUGGGGCGGUGGAGGGACGCUCUUGAUUUGAUUGAGACGGAAGAGUUUGUGCCUAAUACGGUAAUUUACACGAAAAUGAUAUCCGGAUUAUGUGAAGCUUCGCUUUUUGAAGAAGCUAUGGAUUUCUUGGAUAGAAUGCAUUCUGUUUCUUGCAUUCCAAAUGUUGUAACAUAUAGGAUUUUGCUUUGUGGGUGUUUGAAUAAAAGAAAGCUGGGUAGGUGUAAACGAAUUCUUAGUAUGAUGAUCACAAAAGGUUGUUAUCCUAGUCCUAAUGUAUUUAAUUCUCUUGUUCAUGCUUAUUGCAGAUCAGGAGACUACACUUACGCUUAUAACUUGCUAAAGAAAAUGGUAGAUUGUGGAUGUCGGCCUGGAUAUGUGGUUUAUAACAUAUUAAUUGGUGGUAUUUGUGGAAAUAAGGAGUUACCGAGUCUGGAUGUGUUGGAAUUGGUUGAAAAGGCUUACAGUGAAAUGCUUGAAGCUGGUGUUGUAUUGAACAAAAUCAAUGUCAGUAAUUUUGCACGGUGCCUUUGUGGGGCUGGAAGAUUUGAGAAAGCCUAUAAUGUUAUUCGUGAGAUGAUGAGCAAGGGAUUUUUACCAGAUAUUAGUACAUACACCAAAGUAAUUGGUUUUUUGUGUAAUGCCUCCAAAGUAGACAAAGCUUUCUUAUUGUUUCAAGAAAUGAAAAGGAAUGGUAUUAUUCCAGAUGUUUAUACAUACACAAUUCUAAUUGAUACAUUUUGUAAAGUUGGCCUUAUUCAACAAGCUCGCAGCUGGUUUGAUGAAAUGGCAAGGGAUGGUUGUGCCCCUAAUGUAGUGACUUAUACUUGUCUCAUUCACGCAUACCUUAAAGCUAGGAAGAUCUCCAAUGCAAACGAACUCUUUGAGAGUAUGCUAUCGGAAGGUUGCAUUCCAAAUGUUGUCACAUUUACUGCUUUGAUUGAUGGUCACUGUAAAGCGGGAGAGCUUGAAAAAGCUUGCCAAAUUUAUGCCAGAAUGAGGGGCAAUGACAAAGUCCCUGAUGUAGAUAUGUACUUUAGGGUUAGUAGCAGCAAUAUCAAAGAGCCAAAUGUGGUUACAUAUGGGGCUCUGGUGGAUGGUUUUUGCAAAGCGCACAGGGUGGAAGAGGCCCGCAACCUAUUGGAUGCAAUGUCGACUGAAGGUUGUGAGCCAAAUCAUAUUGUAUAUGACGCUCUCAUUGAUGGAUUUUGCAAGGUUGGGAAGCUUGAUGAAGCACAAGAGGUAUAUGCUAAGAUGUCUGAAUGUGGACACAGUCCAAAUAUAUACACUUACGGCUCUUUGAUUGACAAGUUGUUAAAGGAUAAACGGCUGGAUCUUGCUCUGAAGGUCUUGUCUAAAAUGCUAGAAAUUUCUUGCCCUCCUAAUGUUAUAAUCUACACAGAGAUGAUUGAUGGCCUUUGUAAAGUUGGAAAGACUGAUGAAGCCUUCAAGCUUAUGCUGAUGAUGGAAGAGAAGGGUUGUCAUCCAAAUGUUGUGACUUACACUGCCAUGAUAGAUGGCUUUGGGAAAGCGGGCAAAGUGGACAAAUGCCUUGAACUCUUGAGACAGAUGGGUGCCAAGGGUUGUGCUCCAAAUUAUGUGACCUAUAGGGUUGUAAUAAAUCAUUGUUGUGCUGCUGGCCUAUUGGAUGAGGCUCAACAACUCCUGGAGGAGAUGAAACAGACAUAUUGGCCGAAACAUAUGGCAAGCUAUCGUAAGGUUAUUGAAGGCUUCAACCGAGAGUUCCUUAUCAAUGUUGGCCUGUUAGAUGCAAUAGUUGAGAAUGACUCUAUACCAAUUGUUCCUGUUUACAAACUUCUAAUUGAUAGUUUUUGCAAGGAUGGGAGACUGGAAGUAGCUCUGAAGCUGUAUGAAGAGAUUUCAUCAUACUUAUUGUUUUCAUCUGCUGACAAGAAUAUAUACUCUUCGUUGAUUGAGAGCCUCUCCAUUUCAUGUAAGAUUGAUAAGGCUUUUGAGUUAUAUGUGGACGUGAUAAGGAAUGGCGGUGUUCCUGACCUGAGUGUCUUUUUAAACCUCAUUAAAGGGCUUAUUAAGGUGGACAAGUGGGAGGAAGCACUUGAACUUAUGUAUAGCCUAUGUCAGAUGGAUAUCUACUGGCUAUCCGAUGGAAAUAUAUCUGAAGGAAAAUAG